UUUUCUCUAAUCUUUGAGCUGUUGUUACUCUUCACGAGCGAGAGAGAGAGAGAGAGAGAGAGAGAGAGAGAGAGAGAGAGAGAGCAAUGGAGAGCAGCGAGGAGGAGGACGACUUCCCCACCCAUGAAUGGAUCACUCCUCAAUCCAGCAUCACCGCAAUCUACCAGUCUGACACCGAGAAGGGGGUCAGGAAGAUUUGUACAGAACUUCUGGAUCUGAAAGAUGCUGUGGAGAACUUAUGUGGGAAUAUGCAAUCAAAAUAUUUAGCCUUUUUAAGGUUGUCUGAAGAGGUAAUUGAGAUUGAACAAGAAAUAAUUGAACUACAGAAACAUGUAUCAGCCCAAGGAAUCCUUGUACAGGAUCUAAUGAGUGGUGUUUGUCGGGAGUUGGAAGUAUGGCAUAAAUGUAAUAGUGAGGCUGUUAGUACCGAAGAAAAUGUUCAGGCUUCCAAAGCUGACUUUUCUUCAACAAGUGAAUCAGAGGAUAUAAAAAUCAACUUUCUGGAAACAAUGGAUGUUUUUUUGGCAGAACAUAAAGUAGAAGAAGCACUUUUGGCAUUUGACGCAGAAGAAAAAAGAUGUGCAGAGUUGAAUGACUCUGGAGAAAAUUCAUCUGAUGAAAUUUCAGCUUAUAAGGCAGACUUCUUAAGAAGAAAGGGUAUGCUUGUGGAUCAGCUUGUUGAGAUUUCUGAACAGUCUUCUGUGAGCAAUGGUGAACUUAAGAAGGCUUUGUCUGGUCUAGUCAAGCUUGGGAAAGGAUCAUUGGGUCAUCAGUUGUUGCUUAAAGCAUAUGGUUCCCGACUUCAGAAAAAAAUUGAGGCUUUUCUUCCUUUAUGUUCUAUUUAUUUGGAAACAUAUUCUGCAACACUUUCUCAAAUUGUGUUUUCUACAAUCUCAUUGGCAAAAAAAGAGUCUGUUUCGAUAUUUGGAGAUGCACCUGCUUAUACUAAUCGAAUUGUUCAGUGGGCUGAGUGUGAAAUUGAGGCUUUUAUUCAUAUUGUUAAAGAGAAUGCUCCUCCAUCUGAGACUGCUUCCGCCCUUCGUUCUGCCAGCAUAUGCCUCCAAGCUAGUCUUAGUCACUGUUCCUUUCUGGAAUCACAAGGGCUGAAAAUUUCAAAAUUGCUUAUGGUUCUUUUCCGUCCUUAUCUUGAAGAGGUUCUUGACAUGAAUAUAAGACGGGCAAAAAAACGAGUACUUGACUUAGCACGAGAUGAUGACACGAUGUUCUUCUCCUCAGAAACUGGCUCACCACUUUCUGCUGCUGCAUCAUCAAAUAUUAUGCUGAAUAGCACUGGAAAGAAGUUCAUGUGCAUUGUUGAAGAUAUAUUGGAGCAGCUGACACCAUUGGCUGUUUCGCAUUUUGGAGGAACCAUCUUACAUAAACUUCUUCAACUAUUUGAUAAAUAUGUUGAGACAUUGAUUAAGGCGCUACCACCUUCUGAAGAUGAUACUCCUAUAGAACAUAAAGAGAUUAUUCAUUUUAGAGCUGAAACCGAUGCGCAACAACUUGCACUUUUGGGAACUGCAUUCACUGUUGCUGAUGAAUUAUUACCAAUGGCUGUAUCAAGAACUUUUACCAUACAGGCCGAUAAUAACGAAGGAAGUAGUGGGUCCUCUGAGAGCAUUGGUUCUUUUUCUCUUUCUACUAUUGAAUUCAAAGAUUGGAGACGCCAUCUUCAGCACUCAUUGGAUAAGCUCAGAGAUCAUUUUUGUCUGCAAUACAUUUUGACCUUCAUCUAUUCACGGGAAGGCAAUGCAAGAUUGGAUGCUCGGAUGUAUUUGGAAGGGAAAGAAGAUGAUCUCUUCUGGGAAUCUGAUCCUCUACCUUCAUUGCCAUUCCAGGCUUUGUUCGGAAGACUACAGCAAUUGGCAAGUGUCGCUGGUGAUGUUCUCCUUGGGAAGGAAAAGAUACAAAAGAUUUUGCUGUCCAGGUUAACAGAAACAGUGGUGAUGUGGAUAUCAAAUGAGCAAGAGUUUUGGGAUGUCUUUGAAGACAAAUCAGUUAAACUCGAACGAUUUGGCCUGCAACAGUUAAUUCUCGAUAUGCACUUUAUAGUCGAGAUCGCUGUUUGUGGGGGUUAUCCAUCACGAAACGUUCAACAAAUUGUGUCAGCUAUUAUAACUCGGGCUAUCGGAACCUUCUCCUCCAAAGGUGUAGACCCUCAAAGUGCACUCCCUGAGGAUGAAUGGUUUCUCGAUGCUGCAAAGGCGGCGAUAAACAAACUCCUGUUAGGAACUUCUGGGUCUGAAGCUUCUGAAGCUGAUGAACAUAUAGUUAUCCAUGACGAUAUAUCUGAUUCCGAUGAGACUCCUUCAAGUCCAUCGACAGUACACUCAGUAGAUUCAUUUGCUUCGGCUAACAUGGGCGAAACGGAGAGCCCUGUUUACUUCACUGAUCCUGAAACUUGAAUUUCGGUAAUUAUUAUUGUUCAUGACAUAGAAAGCAUUUGCUGUUGUACUCUUUGUUGUAGCAGAUGUAGCAAAAGCAAAGGAGGCCAAUGAUAUAUAGUUCU